AAUUUCCCUCCUCCCCCCCCCCCGCGGGUUUCAAUCAAAGUGAGGCUUUAAAACGGCGGAUAAAUAUGGGAAAGAAGAAAGAGUCGGCGGUGGAUAGAGGUUUGGAGGACGAAGCUGGUGGGCACAGUGCUCACAAGAAGAAACACAAGAAGCACAAGAAACACAAGAAGAAGCAUCACCAAGCGGAUGUGGGGCUUGGCUUUUCCUCUGAAACUCUGGAAUCUGAUUCUGGUACUGGAAAACCCCAGCUAAAACUUAAAAUCAAACUGGGCGGUCAAACCAUGGGCACAAAGAGUGUGCCCCACUUUUCUUUGGCCUCUGAGCUAAAGCAAUCUCCCUCUCCUUUGAUGGUUGAUGAUGAACCAGAUGAAGUGCCAUUGGACCAGUAUCGGGCUUGGCUUGAUGAGGAGAGCAACUUGGAUCCAUCUCCUUUACCAGACCUGGAUUCUGAAAGCCUUCAGGAGCCAGAACAGGAUGAGGAGCAGCGAUGGCUGGAUGCUUUGGAGAAAGGAGAGUUGGAUGAUAAUGGAGAAUUAAAGAAGGAGAUUGAUGAAUCACUGCUGACGGCAAGGCAGCGUGCCCUGCUACACAAACAACAAAGCCAACCACUCCUGGAGCUGCCCAUGGGCUAUAAAGCAAAGGAGAUGACUGAGGAGAUGAUGGUAAAGCGAGCUGAGCGUGCUCGAAAAAGGCGCCUGCAAGCUGCAAAGAAAGCAGAGGACAACAAAAACCAAACAAUUGAACGGCUGACAAAGACUAACAAGGCCAAAGUCAAAACGCUGAGGGAGAGAAAAACUAAAAGAAUGCACUAUCCUAUGAUUAGAUAUUCCAACAACGCCGAAGCGAUUACUGUCUCCUUUCCACAUGGAUGUCCAGUCCCCCUUCCAUCUGUCUUGCAGCCUGUGCCUCUCCCUGUAACCUGUGGGGUUGAGGGCUGUUCAAACUUCAAGAGGUACUCUUGUUCUAAAACUGGGUUACCGCUCUGCAGCCUUGAGUGCUACAAAAAGAAUUUGUUGAUCCAGGGUUUGGCCUGAUGGGCUGCAAGCUUUUUUUAAUAUUAGCCUGGAGGAAAUAAGUGAAAGGUAUCGAGAAAGCCCACUGGCUCAAGGCUUCUGACAAUGGAAUCCUGCACUAACCAGGAGCAAUCUCUGGUUACCAAUAGAGAACUAAUUGGUAAUAAGAUAAUUCUGUAAUAAGAAUUACCUACCAAUCUUCAUUUGAUGGCUGUUCCUUUUGGAACAAUAUUGGUUGUGUUACUGAAGUGGCAGGAUUAAUGGAUUGUAUUCUGCAGUUUAAUAUUAAUGAAAAGAAUGCCAAUACAAUAAGGAAUGAAACUGUGUUCCUCUUCAGUUCAUUACAUUGGCAGUGUGGCCUAGCACAAUAUGAUUGGUUCCAAAAUAAAAUCUCUUCCCUGUGCAAUGGUGCAUUUCAUCCUCACUAAUGUGAUGUUUCUCCAUUCCUUUCCUGUGAAUAACUUUGUGCAAUAAGAAGCAAUUGGAGCAAUGUUGACUUAGUGGGUUGAGACUGACUGUUCUCCAGUUUCAUUGGACUCUAAUUGGGAACAGAAUAAACUUCCAUCCCAGUAAUGUAGAUUACAUACAAAUUCAAGAUUUUGGAUGCCAGUUUCCAACCUACAGUCCUUCUAAUCCUAAUUAUUUGUUAACUCAAUAUUCUUUCAUUUUGUUCCACACUAACCUCACCCCCCACCCCGAACAAUUACUCCAGCUGUCCUUAGUGGUCAUGCAAACCCUAUAGCCAUGCAACUAGGAGAUAUGUUUGGUACCUAUACAGGAAUUGCCAAAUCUCAGACAAGGCAAGAAAACACCCCAGUUCCAACCAGGGAAAGGACAUCAACCUAGUGAGAUUGGCUGUCCAUUUGAGUAAAGAUUUGUUGAAAUUAUUGUACAGUCUUAACCUGUCAGGAAGCAUUUGUGGAGAAAGAAGUGGAGUUGAUAUUUCAGGUCAAGGACUUUUCAUCAGAACUGGAAGUUUGAAUAUACUGAGAUGGUUAUAAACAUUUUGUUGACUGUCUCACCUAUGCAUUUGUAAUGUGGAAGGAAAUGGUCAGCAAAGGUUGGCUGCUUUAUGUAAGAUUUGAUAAAAUCUAAAUAAAGUAUGUUUUGGGUGAAAAAGUA